GCAUCACAGACGGGUGUUGGUGGAAUGGCUGCAGGAUCCAUCCCACGAGCUUGCAUUCGUAGCUGACAUUCUUAACCAAGAUGCCAAAAAUUACCAUGCAUGGCAACACAGACAGUGGGUUAUUCAGGAGUUCAAAUUAUGGGACAAUGAACUGCAAUACGUGGACCAGCUUUUGAGGGAAGAUGUGAGAAACAACUCUGUCUGGAACCAACGACACUUCGUAAUUUUCAACACCACUGGCUAUGAUGACCCAGCAGUCCUAGACAGAGAAGUCCAAUACACUCUUGAGAUUAUCACAGCAGUGCCACAUAAUGAGAGCGCUUGGAACUAUUUAAAAGGGAUUCUACAGGAUCGUGGUGUUUCCAAGUAUCCAAAUCUGUUAAAGCAACUGUUGAAUUUACAGCCCAGCCACAGUUCACCCUAUCUGAUUGCCUUUCUUGUGGACAUGUAUGAAGAUAUGCUUGAAAACCAGUGUGAUAACAAGGAAGAAACGCUAAACAAGGCAUUGGAGUUGUGUGAAAUUCUGGCUGAAGAAAAAGACCCCAUCCGAAAGGAGUACUGGAGAUACAUUGGAAGGUCCCUUAAGAGCAAGCACAGCUCAGGCACUGAACAGAGCCCACUGACAGACAAACAGCUGUAACUGAACCUGGAAGAAAUCAGUGUUAAUGGUCUCAAGCUGUUCUAAAGCAGUACUAAGUAGGGUCAUCAACUAGUUUAAAAUCCAGUGUAGUAUUCUCCUGCAGAAGAAGUAUUGCAAUGAAAGAGGAGUACAGAGUGCUGUGUAGUCUUCAGUUGCUGCUGCUGCUGCUAGCUCUAGGUGCAGUCAAGAAAUAUAUUAAGGCUUAAUUAUUGAAAUGUACCAAAUAAAGGUUUUAUUUCCUAAUAAUAAGUAGAUAAAGCUAUACCUA